GUCGUCUUGUAAUAUUGUUUUAUUUCGUCGGUUUAUUCGUAGCGGAGUGGCGCGGGCGGCGGCCGACAGUCGAGCCGCGACCGCCGCCGCGCUACUAUAAGCUCAGCUUUAACUAACACAACGGACAAACUUCUAACAACCAUCAAUCACAAUGGCGUAUUCCUGGGAUAACAGAGUCGCGUUUGUUGUGAGAUACCUCUACGAUAUCGAUAACAACGGGUACCUGGACGCGCGCGACUUCCACUGCUUGGCGCUGCGCACGUGCGUGCUGGAGGGCAAGGGCGACUGCAGCGCGGCUCGCCUGCAGAAGUACCAGCACGUCAUGCUCUCCCUGUGGGAGGAGAUCGCGCAGCUCGCGGACUUCGACAAGGUGCCAGACUAUGACGGUACCAUUACCGUUGACGAGUUCAAGCAGGCCGUGCAGAACAGCUGCGUGGGCAGGAAGUACGAGGACUUCCCCCAAGCCAUGAAGGCGUUCAUCGAGACCAACUUCCGUAUGAUCGACAUCAACACGGACGGCGUCAUCGGUAUCGAGGAGUACCGCUACGACUGCGUGCAGCGCAUGGUGCUCGAGGACAUCAAAGUUAUUGAUGACGCUUUCAACUCCCUACUCAAUGAUGACGACAGGAGGAAAGGCGGCCUCACCCUGUCCAGAUACCAGGAGCUGUUCGCCCAGUUCCUCGGCGACAGCAGCGACAACUGCCAAGCGAUACACCUAUUCGGGCCGUUAGAACUUUAAGCCAGCCCGGCCAGUAGUUAGGCUCACAGCUAUGACUGACACACCUACCAAGAAACACCCUAACAGAACAAUAACUAUAAGACCAAUACCCAAAUGAUUAGCCAUUAAUACUGUUAUCUAUUUAUACUAAGGUUUACCAUUAGUUUUAGAUAUCAGUACAUAUCUUUAAGUAUAUUUUGAACAUUACACAAAGCAACGAUCGGCGCAGAUCAACAGGAUACAUAAGAUAUAGGGAUCCGAAUUCCAAUACAAGAUUUGUUUGCCAUGAAAUGUUGAAAUAAAAUGCAUCUUAACGUAAAGUCACGUUUUAAAAACAAACACCACUCACUCGAUGUCUUGUUUACAAAAUGACAUCAUAUAUAUUUCACAUUUCCAACACACCGCGGAAAACGCGCCAAAAAUAAACCGACUGCGUCGAUACAGUUUAAAAAUAAACCAUAAUAAUGCUAGUCUAGUAUCUGUGAUGCGUUCUGAAUUACGUAAAUUGUUACCCGAAAAUACCUAAAUCACUCGCACUCCGGUGUUUUGUAACGUUUGUUUAAACAUGUCAUGAUUUAUUAGUCUUUACAAUGCUAGUGUUUGUCCAAAUUUUUUUAUAAUCCCGUCCUUUAAUAUACUUAGUUUUAAAUACAUAUUUAAUCAUUCUUGUAUUUCGUUUUACGUUAAACUUAUUUAAGGUGUUUUGUGAGUUUUUUUAAGAUUUUAGGAAUGUUGAUUUCCCCUUGUCGUUUUUGUUUAUUGUAUGGUAUCAUUAUAAUUAAGUAUAAUAAUUUAAACGAACGAGAAACCCACAGGUUUUCAUACGAAUAUAUUUAAUACUAUUAAUAUGCAACGGCAGUGUUUAGUCUAAUGAACUUUAUGGGGAAUGUGCGGGAAAUGUUGAUGUGCUCAAACAUACAAAAUGAAUCUAGUCACCACAGUGUUUAAAUGUUAUCCUUAUUUAUUUGUAAAUAUAUUUUGUUACAUUAUAACGAAAUUGUUACAGUCUA